CCACCAUUCACCAUCCAGCUCUCCGCGAUCCGGAUCCGAUUUGCACGGCAUCCUCUACUUCGUGCACAGGCAAUCCGCUCCAGUGCUGAUAUCAGCCAGUUCGCCAAUCGGUCAGCUCAGUCACCCUCCAACCCUCCCAUCCAUCCAAUCUCCACCCAUUUCCGCCCGUCUGGAGCCCGCCCCCAAGCCCGCUCCCCAUCCCGCCCCAACCCCUCCGCCCCCGUAACCCGAAUUGCUGCAAUAACAGAAAGCCUUCCGAGGAAGGCCCCCUUUUCCACAAAAAACCAGGCGUCAUGUCGGACGUCCGGUCCAAGAACCUGUAUGAGCUUCUUGGUAAUGACCCUGAAGAGGACUCCGAUCGGGAACCAUCACCACCCACCAGCGCUGUAACCAAGCCCGGCCCUCGAUAUGGGAAGCGUGAAGGCCCUUCCGAACCACCCCGUUCUGCCAACCCGGCUUUAGCGCGUCCUCGUGGAGGACGAGGUGGUCGAUAUGGGAAUGAACAAGCAUUCCGUGACCCUGAAGCCAGCGCGAGAGCAAACCGCAAAAAACCCGUCGAUGCUCCCCUACCAGAUGUCCCAACUGGUGUAGUGAAGAACCGCGAUGCUCGCGGCAACCUCCUCCGUGAAGAUCGCACCAACCGCUCGGACAGAACCGAGACCACUAAGCAAGUCGAGCAAGGCUGGGGGGCCACCAGCGGUGAAUCCGCCUGGGAUGAUGAACGGGCCGGCGCAGCUACUGCAAAGCGGGAGACCAAAGAAGGGCCCGGCGGCGACGCGGCCGCGAACGACGCUGAGGCCGCCGAAGCCGAAGACAAGGCCAAGUCCUAUGCCGAGUACCUAGCCGAGCAGGCCGAGCAGCGCCGCGACGACCUUGGCGUCAAGGAAGCCCGCAAGCCCAACGAGGGCGUCAAGGCGGAUAAGAAAUGGGCGACGGCCAAGGCGUUAAAGCGCGACGAGGACGAGGAGGCCUACAUUAAGGGCAAGGAGGAGAAGGCGCGGCGCGAGAAGGCCAGGAAGGAAAAAGCCUUUGUUGAGGUUGAUAUGCGCUUUGUCGAGCAGCCCCGUGGCAACCGUGGGGGCCGUGGAGGUGGCCGUGGAGGUGCUGGCGGCCGGGGCCGCGGCGGUGCACCCGGCGGUGCUGGCCAUCGCGGCGGCCGUGGUGGUCCCGCUGCUGGGCCCAGCGUCGAUGAGAAGAACUUCCCGGCCCUUGGUGGCAAAUAG